AUUAAGUUAUAUACAAAACAUGGUACUCUGAAAUACCAGACAGAUUGUGCUCCAAACAAUGGAUAUUUCAUGAUCCCUCUGUACGAUAAGGGGGAUUUCAUUCUUAAAAUUGAGCCUCCCCUAGGGUGGAGUUUCGAACCAACCAGUGUAGACAUCCAUGUGGAUGGCAUUAAUGACAUUUGCACAAAGGGCGGCGAUAUUAACUUUGUGUUCACAGGGUUUUCUGUGAAUGGAAAGGUUCUCAGCAAAGGUCAGACAUUAGGUCCUUCUGGAGUCCAGGUUGUACUGAGAAAUGCUGGCAGUGACAUAAACAUACAAGCAACCAUUACACAACCUGGAGGAAAGUUUGCUUUCUUUAAAGUGCUUCCUGGCGAAUAUGAAAUCUUUGCAUCUCAUCCUACCUGGAUGUUGAAAGAGUCAAGCACAGUGGUGCGGGUAACCAGCUCUAAUGCUUAUGCUGCUAGCCCCCUGAUUGUUGCUGGCUACAAUGUUUCUGGGUCAGUAAGGAGCGAUGGAGAACCAAUGAAAGGGGUCAUGUUUCUUCUUUUCUCUUCUUCGGUCACUAAAGAGGAUGUUGUGGGCUGCAAUACUUCUCCUGUGGAUGGAUUCCAGUCAAGAGAUGAGUCUCUAUCCUAUUUGUGCAAUGUUGUAUCAAAAGAAGAUGGAUCUUUCAGCUUUCUGUCUCUGCCAAGUGGGAAAUACACUGUGAUACCAUUCUACAGGGGAGAGAGAAUUACCUUUGAUGUUGCACCAUCUAGACUGGAUUUCCUUGUAGAGCAUGACAGUUUACAGAUUGAGCCUGUUUUCCAUGUGAUGGGUUUCUCUGUCACAGGCAGGGUGUUGAAUGGUCCUGAAGGAGAAGGAGUUGCGGAUGCCACUGUGACUCUGAACAAUCAGAUUAAAGUAAAAACAAAAGCCGAUGGCUCUUUCCGCCUUGAGAACAUAACAACGGGUACAUACACAAUUCAUGCCAGGAAAGAGCAUCUCUUCUUUGAUACAAUUACUGUGAAGAUUGCACCAAAUACACCUCAACUAGCAAAUAUCAUUGCAACCGGGUUCAGUGUGUGUGGCCAGAUCUCAGUAACUCGUUUUCCUGACACUGUCAAGCAGAUUAGUAAAUACAAGGUAACCAUGAUGCCUCAAGACAAGGACAAAGCGUCACUGGUUACAACAGAAACUGACCCUCACGGAGCGUUUUGUUUUAAGGCAAAAUCGGGUACAUACAAUGUCCAGGUAAUUAUUCCAGAGGCUGAGACCAGAGCAGGAUUAGCUUUGAAACCCAAAAUGUUCCCUGUUACUGUUACAGACAGACCAGUAAUGGAUGUGACCUUCUCUCAGUUUUUGGCAUCCGUCUCAGGGAAGAUCUCUUGUUUAGAUGCUUGCGGUGAUCUGGUGGUGACAUUACAGUCUGUGAGCCGCCAGGGUGAGAAACGCAACCUGCAGCUCUCUGGAAACACAGACUCAGUGGCCUUCACAUUUGAAAAUGUGCUGCCUGGCAAAUAUAAAGUAAGCAUUGUACAUGAAGACUGGUGCUGGAAGAAUAAGUCUUUGGAGUUGGAAGUUAUGGAGGAGGAUGUUUCAGGAGUAGAAUUCAGGCAAACUGGAUAUAUGCUGAGGUGCUCUCUUUCUCAUGCAAUUACACUGGAAUUUUAUCAGGAUGGAAAUGGACCAGAGAAUGUUGGUGUUUAUAAUCUGUCCAAAGGAGUUAAUAGAUUCUGUCUUUCAAAGCCAGGUGUAUAUGAAGUGACCCCACGUUCCUGCCACCAGUUUGAACAUGAGUAUUAUACUUACGACACGUCCUCUCCUAGUAUCCUGACGCUCACUGCAGUUCGACACCACGUCCUUGGCACGAUUGUAACAGAUAAACUGAUGGAUGUGACUAUUACCAUUAAGUCUUCCAUUGACAGUGAACCUGCCUUAGUUUUAGGGCCCUUGAAGUCUGUUCAGGAGUUACGUAGGGAGCAGCAGCUGGCAGAAAUUGAGACCCGUCGACAGGAGAGAGAAAAGAAGGGUCAAGAGGAGGAAGGAACAAAGCCACCAGUGCAAGAAAUGGUGGAGGAACUCCAAGGACCGUUCUUAUAUGAAUUUUCUUACUGGGCAAGAUCUGGAGAGAAAAUUACUGUGACACCGUCAUCAAAAGAGCUGCUUUUCUACCCGCCUUAUGUGGAAACAGUUGUUAGUGGAGAGAGUUGUCCUGGAAAGCUGAUAGAGAUUCAUGGAAAAGCAGGCUUAUUUCUGGAAGGGCGAAUUCAUCCUGAAUUGGAAGGUGUUGAGAUUGUCAUUGGUGAAAAGGGAGCAACUUCCCCUCUCAUCACAGUUUUCACUGAUGACAAAGGUGCUUACAGUGUCGGUCCGCUCCACAGUGACUUGGAAUAUACAGUUACUGCUCAGAAAGAAGGGUUUGUUUUGACUGCAGUAGAAGGAACAGUUGGGGACUUCAAAGCUUUUGCUCUUGCUGGGGUGACGUUUGAGAUCACAUCAGAGGAUGACCAGGCUCUUGCUGGAGUUCUUUUGUCUCUCAGUGGAGGGAUGUUUCGGUCCAACCUCCUUACACAGGAUAAUGGCAUGCUGACUUUUUCCAAUCUGAGCCCAGGACAGUAUUAUUUUAAACCCAUGAUGAAAGAAUUUCGCUUUGAACCAUCGUCACAAAUGAUCGAAGUGCAGGAAGGACAGAAUCUUAAAAUUCAAAUAACUGGUUACAGAACAGCUUACAGCUGUUAUGGCACAGUUUCUUCUUUAAAUGGAGAGCCUGAGCAGGGAGUCUCAGUAGAAGCUGUGGGGCAGAAGGAUUGUAGCAUCUAUGGAGAAGACACGAUAACUGAUGAAGAGGGCAAAUUCAGGCUACGUGGCCUUCUGCCUGGUUGUGUGUAUCAUGUCCAACUCAAAGCUGAAGGCAAUGAUCACAUUGAAAGAGCUUUACCACAACAUCGGGCAAUUGAGGUUGGGAACAGUGACAUUGAUGAUGUUAAUAUUAUAGCAUUUCGGCAAAUUAAUCAAUUUGAUUUAAGUGGAAAUGUAAUUACAUCUUCUGAGUAUCUCUCCACAUUAUGUGUGAAGCUUUACAAAAGUGAAAAUCUUGACAACCCAAUUCAUACGGUCAACUUAGGCCUAUCCCUAUUUUUCCAUUUCCCACCACUGCUCCGAGAUGGAGAGAAUUACGUGGUGCUUCUGGAUUCUACGUUGUCUAAAUCACAGUAUGACUACACCCUGCCUCAAGUUUCAUUCACUGCUAUUGGAUACCAUAAACACGUAACACUGAUCUUCAGUCCCACUAGAAAGCUGCCUGAACAAGAUAUUGCUCAAGGAUCUUACAUCGCAUUACCACUGACACUGCUUCUGUUGUUGGCUGGUUACAACCAUGAUAAGCUUAUUCCCUUGUUGCUACAGUUGACAACUCGACUGCAAGGAGUGCGUGCUCUUGGACAGACAGGUUCUGACACGGGUGGCUCAGAGGAUGCAAAGAGACAAACGAAAAAACAGAAGACAAGACGGACGUGAAAUGAAAGGAGUGAUUGCAUGAAGUGGUGCUCUGUCAAAGUGGAGCCUGAGGAAGCGAAGCCACUAAAAUGCAUUUUUGCAUUUUUGUUGAAUUUGUGUACUUCACAUUUUCUUUGUUGCUACAUGAGCGCCACUUGUUGCACUAGCUCCAUUUUGGUUGUAAAUUUUCUAUGGAAUCUAUAGAUUUCUGUAUUGUAAAGUAAUGAAAUGAAAGCCUCUGUUGUCACUGUGAGUGCAUCUCCCAUACUUGAAGAAAAUU